UGCUACCUAAAUAUUAAACCAUGGAUAUGUAAACUCAAAGUAAAAAAAUAAUAUAUCCAUUGGCGCACUUUUCUGCCUUAAAACCGUAUGAGGGAAUAGAAGUUUCCAAAAUCCAAAAAACCUCAACCAGUUUAAUCACCGGCUACCACUAUCUGGCCGAUCAUUUGCUUGCCGGUAACUGCUCACAGUGAACAGGCGUCUUCCAGUGCGUAAAUAUGCCAAAACGAGCUAGAACCCUGCAAACUCAGGAGCUUGUUCAAAAAUGUCUUGUAAAAAUGAUAGUAGUCGAUGAACUUCCGUUCUACAUUGUUGAACAAGACGGGUUUAAACAACUUAUGGAAGCCAAAUUUCCCGGUUUUUAUAUUCCGUCUUGCGAAAAGAUUUACAAGGAUUGUGCUCAGCUUUUCAAGGAUGAGAAACUGAAGCUGAAAAGUUUCACUAAGAGAACAAAUCCAAGGGUAUGCUUAACCUUGGAUACUUGGACAUCAAACCAAUCGAUGAAUUACUUAUGCAUAACUGCUCAUUUUAUCGAUGACAAUUGGAAUUUGCACAAGAAAGUCAUCGGUUUUAGUCCCAUUAGUAGUGAUAAUGGAGAGGAGAUAGGAAGGGUGGUCGAAAAGUGUUUACUUGAUUGGGAAAUCGAUAAUGUUCUUACCAUGUCUACUGGUAAUGCAAGUUCAUACGAUGCUGCCGUCGGUUAUUUGAGAACAAGAUUAGCGAAUACUGUGUCGAAUGGUAAGUUUCUUCACCUUAAAUGUCUUGUUGACUUCAUUAAUAAUAUGGUAAAAGAGGUCUUAAAAGAGAGUGAUAAAUCGGUUACACGUGUGCGUGAGGCAGUUAGAUACGUGACUCAGUCAGCGACUACGAUCGAAAAGUUCAAAGAAUGUGCUAGAGAAUACGGGAUAACAAUAACAUCCCGGUUUACUUCUUCUCUUGAUUGCCCGUCUAGAUGGAACUCUACGUUCGAGAUGUUACAGAUGUCAGAAACAUUCGAGGGAGUUUUCAAUCGGUUUAAGGUUAAAGAUUCUACGUAUAAGCGUGAAUUGCAAGUCACUUGUGGGGUUCCGGAUCACUCCGAUUGGGAAAAGAUAAGGAAGGUUCUAACCGUCUUAAACGGUCUUCAUCAGUCAACCGAAAGUAUACUACAAUGGCAUGUGCAAUCUAACAUGUUUCUUUUAGAACUCGCCAAUCUCGAACAACAUUUGGACAAUUCGGGUGCAAUGGUGUGCGGUUGGGGAUUUGGUUUCGAUACUAAUGCUAUUAACGUAGCACUUGAAAUGAAAUGGAAGUAUAACGAGUAUUGGGGAGACGUUGAGAACUCAAAUGUGUUGAUAUAUGUUGCGAAUAUACUUGAUCCUCGUCGUAAAGUGGAGCUUAUUGAGUUUUAUUUUAGGAAAUACUACAAACAUGACUACACUGAUGAAGGAAUAUGUAUGUGGAAAAAGAAGGCAGAAUGGGUAGUUUCCGCCACAUAUGAUUUGUUCAAUGAGUACAUAGGUAAGACCGGGACCUCACAACAACGCGCAAACUUUCAAACCAGCGGUUACAUGCAUUACUUGUACGAUGACACGCGCAAUGUGGGUUUUGGAGAUAAUGUAAGGAACAAGACAGAAAUUGAUAUAUACCUCAAUGAGUUAUGCGAUCGUGACAGCGAUUUUUUUGGUUUUGACGUGUUACUUUGGUGGAAGAAUAAUAGUGAAAGAUUUCCGGUUUUGUCUAAAAUGGCUAAAGAUGUGUUGGCGAUUCCAAUUUCAGCUGUUGCAUUGGAGUCGGCUUUUAAUAUCAGUGGAUGUUUAUUGGAUGAUUUCCAAAGUUCUUUGUCGCCUUCGAUGGCUGAAGCUUUAGUUUGCACUCAAGAUUGGCUACGCGAGUCAAAAAAGCAAGUCAAAAUGAAUGAAGAUUCACCUAAUCUUGACAAGUUAGUAAAAGAUAUAUAUGAACAGGUGGAGGGUGCCUCAAGUGGAUGAAGAUAAAAGAUCAUUGUGAUUCAUGUGAGUUUCUUCAAAUGUUGAGAAGCCUAGAGUAGAGAUCAUGGUAGUUAGGUACCUAUCAGUUCAUAAUUUGUUUCGAGACUUUUUGGUUCAUGUUGGUUUGAUCUUGGGUUUUGUUUUCAUUUUCGGUCAGUGUUGGUUCGGCUCAGUAGAGUUAAACUUUGGUCUUUCCUUUGCUUUUCCACUUUAAUCCUAUGAC